AUGAGGCCCUCAAUCCUGUUUGCUGCCUUCCUCUGGCUCCGGGCUUUCUUGGCCAAGGGAGAUGAGUGUCACACCCUGGCAGGGAGCCCGGACAGAGAGAGUGGAGGACCACCUCUGAAAGUGAACGUCAGCAGCCAGGGGAGGCCUACUAGCCUCUUUCUGAGCUGGGCAGCCCCGGGGCCAGACAAAUUGAGCCAUGCCCUCCGCCUCACCCACCUGAGUCCCCUGGGCUCUCCAGAAGGGCAGCCGCUCCAGGCCCACACCGACGCAUCCAGCUUUGAGUUCCGGGACCUGGUGCCAGGAAGUCGUUACCUGCUGGAAGUGACUGCCCUGCGAGCCUGCGGACAGAAUGCCACGGUCACCCUCGCUGCCCGCACCGCCCCAUCGACUGUCUACAACCUGCGGCUCCGCAGCCCUGGGAGCCCAUCCAGCCUCGAGGCCUCAUGGGGGGCUGCCCCUGGGGAGCAGGAUGGCUACCAACUUCUCCUCUACCACCUAGAAUCCCAGGCGUUGGCCCAUAAUACCUCCAUGCCACCAGGCACCCUGUCCUACAAUUUUAGCAACCUCCUACCAGGUAGCGAGUAUGUUCUGGAGGUUACCACCUGGGCUGGCAACCUCCAGGCGAAGACCAGCGUCCACCAGUGGACAGCCCCCGUGUCUCCUCCUGAGCUGGUGCUGCGGACCCUGAGCACCAGGGCCCUACAAGCCUCCUGGAGCAGGUCUGAGGGGGCUGCCCGGCUCCACCUGGUGCUCACGGACCUCCUGGAUGGCACCAACCUGACCGCGGUAGUCAGACGCGGGGUCUCCAAUCACACCUUCCUUCACCUCUCUCCGGGCACCCUCUACGAGCUGACGCUCAGGGCUGUUGCCGGGCCCCAAUGGGUGGCGGGGCCCAAUGCCACUGAGUGGACCUAUCCCUCUGCUCCUCUGGACCUGGUGCUCAUUCCCCUGCCCUCCGUGCUCUGGGCAAGCUGGAAGGCGGGGCCUGGUGCCUGCGAGGGCUACCUGCUCAGGCUAAGCGGGCGGGUGGAGAAGAACACCACUCGGGACCCUGGAGCCCUCAACGCCACAUUCCUGGGGCCCCUGCCUGCUGGACACUACACUCUGGAGCUGAGGGCUCUGGCUGGGCCCUACGGCGCCUGGGCCCGGGCCAGUGCCUGGCUGGAUGAUUCUGCCGCCCAGCCCAGACGAAGCAAUGGUACCAACCUCCAGCUGGAUGGGCUGGCGGCCACCAGGGAUCCCAGGAGGCAGGCACUGCUCUACACUGAGGGAGCCCCAGGCCUCCUCAGAAACAUCUCCGUGCCACCUGCCACCACCCGGGCCAUGACCCGGAGUCUCACAGACCAUACCAAGCCCCUGGCGCCACAGUCCCUGGAGGUCACCGGCGGGGGCAGCCCCUCUGACCUGGCCAUGGGUUGGGCCCCCAGUCCAGGGCAGCAAGAAGGCUCCAGGGUCACCUGGCAUCAUGAGGGCAGCCAGAGGUCACGGGACAGUCUUGUCGCCUGGGGACCAGAUAGUUCCAGAUAGUUCCUGACUCUGAGGGCUCUAAUGCUCGGCUCUUGCUGCAACACUGUGUCAGUGUGGACCUGGGCAGGGAAACUCAACUCCAGCUUUGUGAGCCCCCAUGCGUUCCCGGUCCCUGCUCCUCCUGCCAAUCUGAGCCUGGGCCUUGCCUCCCAGCCUCCUGCCCUGACUGCCUCCUGGAGCCCCCCACCGGGGGACAAGGAUGGCUUCCAGCUGUGGCUUUACCGCUUGAGGCCCCUGACUCUGGAAAGCAAGGAGACUCUGGCUCCGGAGGCUCAGAACUUCUCCUGGGCCCAGCUGCCCCCAGGCACCGAGUUCCUGGUUCAGCUGGUCACCCUGCGGGGUCCAGAUGAGAGCAGCAGAGCCAACGCCACAGGCUGGACGCCCCCCCUCGCCCCUCCUCUGGUAAAUGUGACCCCUGAAGGUCCCACCCAGCUCCGGGCAUCCUGGGCCCAUGCUCCCGGGGCACGAGAUGGCUACCAGGUGACUCUGUACCAGGCAGGGGCCCAGGCAGGCACCAGCACCGUGGGAGCUGAGGUGGACAGCACCAGCUUCUCAGCUCUGACUCCGGGCACUCUGUACGAGGUGGAGAUCGUCUCGAAGGCUGGACCCCUCCACACGGCAGCAGCCAAUGCCUCCGGCUGGACCUCCCCGCUCACGCCCAGCGAGCUGCUGGUGUCCAUGCAGGCGGGCAGCGCCGUCAUCAACCUGGCCUGGGCCAGUGGCCCCCUGGGGCACGGGGUGUGCCAUGCCCAACUCUCAGCGGCUGGGCACCUCUCCUGGGAGCGGCCCCUGGGGCUCGGCCAGGUCCGCCUCAUUCUGAGGGAACUCACGCCCGGACGCAAUCUGUCCCUGUCCGUGCUGUGCCGGGCGGGGCCUCUGCAGGCAUCCACUCACCCCGUGGUGCUGCCUGUCGAGCCUGGCCCUGUGGAGGACGUGCAGUGUCAGCCUGAGGCCACUCGCCUGGCCCUGACCUGGAUGGUGCCCUCGGGGGAUGUGGCCAUCUGUCUGGUGGUGGCAGAGCAAGUGGCUGCCGGAGGGAGUGCUCACCUCGUCUUCCAGGCCAAUACCUCGGGGGACGCUCUCCUCUUGCCCAGCCUGGUGCCUGCCACCUCCUAUCGCCUCAGCCUCACCGUGCUGGGCAGGAACGGUCUGUGGAGUCGUGUGGUCACCCUGGUGUGCGCCACUUCUGUGGAGGGCUGGCACCCCCCGGAUUUAGCUGCAGCCCCCCAGCUAGAGCCAGAGGCGGGGAUGGGAGUGAUGAUCACACGGGGCAUGUUUGGCAAGGACGAUGGGCAGAUUCAGUGGUACGGCGUCAUUGCUACCACCAACAUGUCACUGGUUCGGCCUCCCCAGGAAGCCAUCAACCACACGUGGUAUGACCACUACUAUGGAGGACAUGACUCCUACCUGGCCAUCCUGCUUCCCAACCCCUUCUACCCGGGGCCCUGGGCUGUGCCGAGAUCCUGGAUGGUGCCCAUGGGUACAGAGGACUGUGGCCAGACCCAGGAGAUAUGUAACGGGCAACUCAAGCCAGGUUCCCAGUAUCGGUUCAGUGUUGUGGCUUUUACCAGAUAUAGCCCUCCCGAGACUAUUAUCUCCUUCUCGGCCUUCUCAGAGCCCCGGGUCAGCGUCUCCAGGGCAGUCAUGCCCCUCCCAGCGGUGGUGGGCAUCAUGGGGGGCUGUGUCGUCACCAUCUGUGCCAUGCUGGGCCUGCUGUGCUGGAGGAGGGUGAAGGGGCAGAGGGCAGAGAAGAAUCGGUUUUCCCAAGAGCUGACAGCUUACAACCUGCGGCGGACCCACCGGCCCAUCCCGAUUCAAAGCUUCCGGCAAAGCUAUGAGGCCAAGAGUGCACACGCUCACCAGGCUUUCUUUCAGGAGUUCGAGGAGCUGAAGGAGGUGGGCAAGGAGCAGCCCAGACUGGAGGCAGAGCACCCGGCCAAUGCCACCAAGAACCGUUACCCACACGUGCUACCCUAUGACCACUCCCGGGUCAGGCUGACCCAGCUGGAGGGAGAGCCCCACUCCGACUACAUCAAUGCCAACUUCAUCCCAGGCUACACCGACCCGCAGGAAUUUAUUGCCACCCAGGGGCCUCUCAAGAAAACUCUGGAGGACUUCUGGCGGCUUGUGUGGGAGCAACAAGUUCAUAUCAUCGUCAUGCUGACUGUGGGCAUGGAGAACGGGAGGGUGCUGUGUGAGCAUUACUGGCCAGCAGACCCUACCCCCAUCACCCACGGUCACAUCAUGGUCCACCUGCUGGCUGAGGAGCCCGAGGAUGAGUGGACCAAGCGGGAGUUCCAGCUGCAGCAUGUUGCCCAGCAACAGCAGCGGAGGGUGAAGCAGCUGCAGUUCACCACCUGGCCCGACCACAGCGUCCCCGAGGCCCCCGGCUCCCUGCUCACCUUCGUGGAACUGGUACGGGAGCAGGCGAGGGCCACCCAGGCCACCGGACCCAUCUUGGUGCACUGCAGUGCGGGUGUGGGCCGCACGGGCACCUUCGUGGCCCUGUCGAGGCUGCUGCAGCAGCUGGAGAAGGAGCAGACCGUGGACGUGUUCAACGCGGUGUACACGCUGCGGCUAUACCGGCCCCUCAUGAUCCAGACCCCGAGCCAGUACAUCUUCCUGCACAGCUGCCUCCUGAACAAGAUUCUGGAAGGGCCCUCUGACAUCUUUGAGUCCCAGCCCAUCUCGGUGACGAACUUUGCACAGGCCUGCGCCAAGAGGGCGGCCAACGCCAACGCUGGCUUCUUGAAGGAGUACAAGCUCCUGCUCCAGGCCAUCAAGGACGUGGCUGACUCUUCGGCGCCCCCUCCUGGCUAUGAGCAGGACAGCAUGGUCUCCUACGACUAUUCUCAAGUGCAGUUUUCUCCGGUGGAGGACAGCCCCCCUAAUGAGAUGCUCGAAGCCUGGCUCUUCCCGGGUGGGCCUUCUGGCCAUGACCACGUUGUGCUGACUGGCCCUGCAGGGCCCGAGGAGCUCUGGGAGCUGGUGUGGGAGCACAGGGCCCACGUGCUGGUCUCCCUGUGCCCGCCUGACACCUGGGAGAAGCCUCAGGAGUUCUGGCCAACGGAGACGCGGCCUAUUGUCACGGACAUGGUGACGGUGCACUGGGUGGCCGAGAGCAGCACGGCAGGCUGGCCCUGUACCCUCCUGAGGGUCACACACGGGAAGAGCAGGAAGGAGAGGGAGGUGCAGAGACUGCUGUUCCCGUGCUGGGAGCCAGGGCGUGAGCUCCCGGCCACCACCUUGCUACCCUUCUUGGCUGCCGUGGGCCGGUGCUGCUCUCGGGACAAGACGAAGCCAGGCACACUGCUCAGCCACUCCAGCAGGGGUGUGGCCCAGCUGGGCACCUUCCUGGCCAUGGACCAGCUGCUGCAGCAGGCGGGGGCCGAGUGCACCGUGGACAUCUUUAAUGUGGCCUUGCAGCAGUCGCAGGCCUGUGGCCUCAUGACCCCAACGCUGGAGCAGUAUAUAUACCUCUACACCUGUCUGAACAGCGCACUCAUGGACGGGCUGCCUUGAGUCAGCACUGGUCACUGUGCUUGUGCACGAGCAGAAGAGGUCUGGGCCCUGCUGGGCAGUGACAAUGGGCCUCAGCAAGCCCGCUGGGGCCUGGCUUCCCUGGGAGGGCAGC